UGCCCUGUCGCUUAAGGCAUUAUUGAUUUGUUUACAAAUGGAGAUUCGAUCGUACUUUUGAAUCACAGAUUUUUAGAAAAUUUACACAGAAACACAGUUAACUAGUUUUAGUAUAUAAAUUAACGUGUUUAUUACAAAGAUGGAUGAGGAAGAGGAUGUAAAUUUUACCGAUGAUGAAAUAAGGGAUGAACUAUCAAAGUUAGGUUAUGGAAAUGUCCCACAUCAAAGAUUUGAAGAAUUCAAAACAGACUUGAGAUCCCUUAUAAAACAUGAACGGAGUAAAUUGUCUUCACAGAACACAAGUAUGUCUUCAUAUAUAGCUGAUACAACUGGGUCUGUUGCAGGUAUUCCAUCCAGAAGAAGACAUCCAUUAGAAGAAACUCAAGUCUCCCAUGAUGCACCUGGUUUCUUGGAAUACAGGGGAACAUCAAAUAUAGGGAAAGAAAACCGAUAUGCUGACAGUCAUAGAAAGCCAUACGUAACAGAUCCAGCCAGAGGAAACUUUUGUUUAUAUGACAGUACUACAGACACAUCACAGAUACAAAUCAGAGAUGAUAUCUCAGAAACAGAUUCAGAAAGGAGACUAGUCAAGAGAAAAGUUCUCAGGAAAAAGAAAGAUGGUUCAAAGGUUAUUGAUGAAUCUGUAACAGAAAGUGAAGCAGGUAGUUUAUCAGAUAUCCAUGACAGAUUAAAGGAACUUGGAAUCAGAGAUGAUGAAAGAAGAUGUCAAUCAGCUAGAAGUGAGCCUCCUUACAGACUUGCUCCUGAUGAUCCUAGACCUGCAUCAGUCAUCCUUCGGGCACCAGAUCAAACCAAACAACUGAGAAAGUCAGACCCUGUAGCAAGAUACCAACAGUUCAGACAGUCAUGGUCUCAUCAAAGGGCUCCUGGAGAGAAAAAACAUAACAAUUUACGAUGGAAUGUUAGAGAACAGAUGCUAUCACAAGAUCAAGUCAUAGAAAAGAGGUCUCAGCGAGUAUUUGUUCCUAACAAGUAUGUUGUACCAACAGAUAAACAUAGAAAAUCACUACGAUGGAACAUCAGAACAGACUUAGCUCAUGGACAAAUGCCACCACAUGGUUAUUAUCAUGAAUGUUGACGUAAAACUAUUUGAUUAUUUGGCUUCGUUUCAUUUGUCUUGCACCAUGAAAUUAAAGCCUUUCUGAAGUGCUCAUCAUCAUUGGAGAUUCAUGAACAAAACACCUGUAGAUUGUGAAACAAAUGGAUUCAAUAACAUGGCUAGGAAAAAUGUUAUACUUCAUGUUAUUGUACAUGUAAAAAACAGGGUGUAUCAUAAAUGUUCUUCAAUACUUUUACUUUAUUCAUCUUAGUUAUAGAUGAUUUGUUGUCAGCUUAACAAUCUUAUGAAAUAUACAUAUUGAAUUAAGAAAAUAGAAAGGCAUUUUAUUCAAGGUGUUAUAGUUAGGGAUGUUACACAAGAGUAAUUUGAUGAUACAAUAUUUUGUAUAUUUAUAUAUAUGCAGAUAUAAUUCUGAUUAUGUUGCAUUGAUUUGCAAAAUCAUGCUCAAUUUGUUUUCUUCAGACAGCAACCAAAAUUGUAUUAAAGGAUUACAUGGAGAUUUGGGUAAAGCUUAAUUAGAAAGCAACCCAAUAACAUAAAAAAAAUAAAAAAC